AUGGAUAACCAAAUAUGUAAAAAGUUCCAGGAUUUAUUGAAAAAUUUUCCCGAUGAAUUAGACAAUAAUAAAAAGUAUAAAUUUAAUGAUGAUAAACCUUUCCAAAAGUAUUGUAAUAGUAAUUGUGAUGCUGAUCUCGGAAAAAUUAAUGCUGGAUGCUUAUAUUUGUUUAAUGAAAUCUUUGAGGAUUCUUCGCUAAAGAAUCAUAAUAAAAUCAGUAUUGUUGAAUACAUUAUGAUAUGGUUAAGUUAUAUGUUAAGCCUAAAGGAAAAUGAAUUAAAAGACAGUCUACAACAUUUUUAUAGAACAUAUAUAAAUGGUAGUGGACACUAUAAUAAGUCUAUAAUUGGCGUUGAAAAUUAUAGCAGUUAUAAGGAUCUUUUAAAUAAAAAAAAAUAUUUUGAGGAUAUGGAUAAUAAUAUUAUAUCUAAUUUUUAUAAAGCAUUUAAAUUAUUAUGUGAAUUGUAUACUUUAUUUGAUAAAAACAAUCAAGAUUGCAAAACAUUUUCGGAAAAAGCUAAUCAAUUUGUUAAAAAAUAUAAUGAACUUAGUGGAGAUCAUAAUAAUAUUAAUGUCAGUUCAUAUAAACAAGUAUUGUGUACUUUAUCAACCGAUUAUGAUAAUUUUAUAAAUAAAUGUAAUGAUACUCAUUGUUGCAAAUCUUCAACCCUUCCAACGAUAGACAAAAACAAAAUUCCUGUAAAUUGUCCUGAACAAACUAUACAAAUUUCUGAUGCUGCAUCAAGUCCGUCGAUAGCAAAAAAAUUAAUUAUAGUUUUAUCUAUAUUUGCUGCAAUACCAAUUUUCUUGGGAAUUGCUUAUAAGUAUUCAUUAUUUGGAUUUCGGAAAAGAGCCCCAAAACAUUUAAGAGAAAAAAUAAAAAAUAUAAAGAAGAAAAUGGUUCAUUAA